UCAAUUAAAAAUGAAUGUUUCUCGCGAUUAUGCAUUAUGCGUUUUAUUUGGUUUGGAAUUUACUGAUAAUAAUGUUAUAAAAGCAAGAAGUAAAUUAGAAAGCUAUGGUGACUUAGAAAUCUGUUAUGAUUUAUCAGAAAAAAAUCCCAUACUGGUUCCAAAGGAAAGAAUUAACUAUAAUCCCUUCAUCUACAAAAAGUAUCUUUCACCAGCUCAACCAAAAACCAAUAAAGUCGAGAACAAUAUAUUGUUAAAUAAAUAGUCAUAAUAGUACAUAUAGUGCACUUGUAUGAUAAUUAUGUCUAUAGACAUAUUAAGUAUUUUUACUCUUGUGUAGAAAAAAUAAUUAAUAAAAGUCCUACAUCUAAAAAUA